CUUGUCCUCAUGGGAAGAAAAAGAGGCUGCCCUUAAUGCCACUGAACUCAGGGGAAAUGAUUUCUAAAUCAAGAAAUCAUUAUCUGUUCCCAGGCAAGGACCACAGUGCCCAGGUGGGGCAGUGGGUGCAGGCCCAUCACGUUUCCUUUUCUGGAAUUCCCUGUGGUAUCCUGAGGAAGUCCUGCACAUUUUUUCCGUGUCUAAACAGAGAUUACAAUACCUACCAGAAGAGUUUUAUAUUUGCUAAUUUCCUGAAGAUCUCCUGAUGAAAUGCAAUUUACCCAGCUGUGGUUUUUCCAGCUGUGACUUGCAGACUUGUUGGGGGGUUUAUCCAAACAUCACCCUGUUCAUCAUUUCCAGACUUCGUACACAAAAUGGUUCAAGGAAGUGCCUGGUUUGGCAGGGGAGUGACUCGUUUUCAAAUACAGCAUCCCAGUAAAAGCUGGGUUACAAAGGGCUUCGCCAGCAAAGUUCAAAGUCCUUUUGCAAUUCCCACACAACAGUCAGGCAAAGACACGGAGCAGGUGCCUGGAUCCCCUCUCUGAGCGGUCAAUUAUGUACAAUCCGUACAUGGCAGAGGCACCUUCCAGGAAAUGAAAGCGUUCACCACACCACAGCCUCGUUACCUAAGCAGAUCUCCAGAAAAAGAGCCUGCACAGAUGGACUUUGCCUCCCCAUUCCCCUCCUCACAGGGAUGUCUCAGCUUGUAAUCAUUAAUGAGCUGUGCCUGGAAUGGAAGAGCGACUGUGCGCUCAGAGCUGCUUGGGGAGAGCAGAAGCUGCCCAAAAUGUCCAGCAGGUAUCACAAAGCAGCGGCCGAUGGCAACGUGGACCUGCUGAAAGAGGCCACUAGGAAAGACCUCAACACUUCUGAUGAAGAUGGGAUGACGCCCACCCUCCUGGCAGCCUACCACGGGUACCUGGAAGCUCUGGAAGUCAUUUGCAGGAGGGGGGGUGACCCGGACAAGUGUGACAUCUGGGGGAACACGCCCCUGCACCACGCUGCCUGCAACGGCCACAUCCACUGCGUCUCUUUUUUGAUCAACUUUGGCGCCAACAUCUUUGCUCUGGACAACGACCUGCGCACUCCCCUGGAGGCAGCUGCCAGCAGGGACCGCAAGGAGUGCGUCCAGAUCCUGGACAAAGCUGCCACCGAGCAGAACUUGCUGAAUCCAAAGAAGGUCUCCAAACAAAAGGCACAGGCCCAGAGGAACGUCGAGAGGCAGAUCAAGGAAUGUGAGAGGCGCCAAGAGAAACACCAGCAUGAAAUGAACCGGAAUUAUAUUAAAGAAAAAGUUGGCACGUUGAAUUCUUCCAAAGGAACGCACUCCAGGGUAAAGCUGCCCGGUCUAUUUGCUUCAAAUACAAGUACUUUAACCAAAAACCUGAAAGAUACCUUGAAACUCAAGACAAAAAAGGCAGCUGACAGCACAAGAAGGCAGGAAACACAAAGAAAUGACCAAGAGGAUGAUACGAGUAGGAGAAGUGUGAUGCAUUUGUUUGACGAGAAAGAGGAGGAUGAAUUCCUCAAUGACCUCGAAGACAAAAACCUUGCUGGUAAUGAAAGUCAGCUCUCCAUUUUUCAGCGGCCAGGUCUUGGCAAGAUUGUGUUUGGAAGGAAUUUGGCUGCAGAGGUAAAUCCUGAAACCGUGUCUUCUGAGAAAGAAGGUGUAAGAGUUACAAUGGCCAGUGAGCUCUUUCAGAAUGAAAAUGCUGAGAAUGGCAGGGAAGAUGAUGCUGAAAACAGUGCUGAUGUCCCUUGGAAUGAGGAAGAAGUCAUUUGGGAUGAUGAGGAAACAGAGAAUACGCCCCUUGAGGUAUUUCUGGCAUCACAGAUGCUGGAUGAGUUUCUUCCAGUCUUCAUGAGGGAAAAAAUUGAUUUAGAUGCCCUGAUGCUGUGUUCUGAUGAAGAUCUACAGAGCAUUCAGAUGGAGCUUGGACCAAGAAAGAAAGUCCUGAAUGCUGUGAAUAAGAGAAAGCAGGCACUCAAGAACCCUGGAAAAACUGUAGAUACUUGCUUAUAA